GCACCGCCCCGGUGUUUUUGUGUCCCCAGCUCUUGGGAAAAGCCACCGUGUUUCUUUACCUGGUGGUCCUUUACCUUCAGGCCUGGAGAUCUCCAGGUCCCGGUCAGGACGUUUGGCCACGUAGUAGUGCGGCGAGGGGCGCGUGGGAGCUGACGCGGGUGGAGCGAUUGUGAUAAGGUUGACGUUGACUAGAGGUGGCCGGACAAGAGGGCAGUCACCAGCGCGCGCAGCAGGCCAGGUCCGGGGAGCUCCUAAAUCCCGCGGUCCAUAAUGAAGUUUCAAUAUAAGGAGGACCACCCCUUCGAGUACCGGAAAAAGGAAGGUGAAAAGAUUAGGAAGAAAUACCCAGACCGAGUGCCGGUCAUCGUGGAAAAGGCUCCUAAAGCUAGGGUCCCUGAUCUGGACAAGAGGAAGUACCUUGUACCCUCUGACCUCACCGUUGGCCAGUUCUACUUCUUAAUCCGGAAGAGGAUCCACCUGAGACCCGAGGACGCCUUAUUCUUCUUUGUCAACAACACUAUCCCGCCCACCAGUGCUACCAUGGGCCAGCUGUAUGAGGACAACCACGAGGAAGACUAUUUUCUGUAUGUGGCCUACAGUGAUGAAAGCGUCUAUGGGAAAUGAGGCAGAAGCCCAGCAGAUGGGAGCACCUGGACUCGGGGGUAGGGGAGGGGUGCGCGUGGGACUCGGGGAACCGGAGGGAGGGCUCCCGACCGUGGAGGAGACGCAGGUGAAGACAUCGGAAAACAUCACACCGCACACACUGUUGUCUUUUUUUCACAAGCUCAACUGUUAAUUUUUCUCUGCUUCCUCAGCCCAGGAGGAACUUGUGUUGGAUUGGCUGUGAGAGCCGGGUAGUGACAGCAUAACUCACAGCCUUGCUUGUGAGCUCCCGUGCAGUUUCAUCAGAGGGUUGGGAGAAAGGCGGGUGGCCACUAGGGAAGAAUACAGUUCAGCAGCAACUCCCGUCUCUUUGGGCAGAGGUCUGGUAUUUGGCAUUUGUAUUGGCCACAGACGGAAAGGGGAAAGAAUGCUUUAGAAACUGUAGGGGACCAUACCUAAGGGACCAAAAGAUGCCUACUGUCAUUGACCUCUGUCUCCGAUUCCUCCCUCUCCUAGUCCUUUUCUUCCACCCCCGGUGUCACAGCGCCGCGCAGUGGACACUUGCGCAGAUGUUUAGAUGGAGUCAUCUUAGAAAAUAGGGUUGUUGUUCGGGAACGUGAUUAUGAUUGCCAGUAGUUUUCGAUGGCAUUAAACUGGAGUUCAGGGUUGAACAUCUCUGCUCCUCAUCCCAUGAGUACCUUGGAAUUUCAGGAGCCUCAGGAUCAGUCCUCUAGCAUUUCCUUCACUUUUCUCACGUACAGGGACAGAGCGUCUAUGUGUGGAGGGUCCAGGUUACAAGGUAAGCUAGAUUUGCACACCGGCCACGCAUCCUCCCCCUGCCUCGGUCUCUUCAGUCCCACACGCACUGGAAUGCUAAGUGAUGGCCAGCUGUUUUCCCUCCAUGGCAUCUGCUCUACAGAAAAGAUGGAGUGAGGAUUCCAGCGUUUCGUGGGGGGUUUUACUCAUUCAUUUUCAUUUAGGGACUCUGUGGGGAGGGGGCGGGACCAGGAAUUGCAUUCACAUGUGACAUUUCAACUCAUCUCUACAAAUGCAGAGCAUCCUCCCAGCUGGGAGCAAUCUGUACGUCUGCCCUGUUGGCUGCAGGUUUUAGUACUUUGAAGUCAAUGCUGUCAGGCCAGGGAAAUAAAAUAAUUGCUUACCUUAAAAAAUC